AUGUUCUUGAAUCAUGUAUUAAGAAAGCUUCUUUUUUUUUACUCAUUCUCAAUUAAUAUGCAUAGCACAUAUAGAGUCUUUAUAUGGCAACUCAAUAUAGCGGACUCGGGUCAACUACUCAUUCAUUUUCUGUUUCCUCUCUCGCAUUCAUUCAUUUUCAUCAUCCACACUCUCAUAUUCAUCCCUUUUCUUCCUCUCUCACAGAAGUUUUUCUUUUCUUUUUCAUUCAACGCAAAUACCCUCCCUUUUUUUCAUCGUUUUCUUUCUUCCAUGUUUCGUUUAUUUUCUUCAUUUUGUUUCUCACUUUUGUUGCUUUUCUUCUUCGUCACGCUCGAACAUUCAUUCAUUUUCUUCUUCAUCUCUCUCACAGACAUUGAUUUUCUGCUUCCUCUCUCACAUUCGUUCUUUUUCUUCUUUCCCUCUUUAACAUUCAUUCAUUUUCAUCUUCCACACUCUCAUAUUCAUCCCUUUUCUUCUUCCCCUCUCUCAGUGUUUUUCCUUUUUAUCUUCCUCUCUCUCACUUUCGACCUUUUUCUUCCUCUCUCUCAUAUUCGUCCCUUUUUUCUUCCUCUCCCUCAUGUUCGCUCCUUUUCUUCUUCCUCACUCUCACAUUCGUCUUUUUCUUCCUCUUCUCUCUUUCAUUCGUUGUUUUUCUUCUUCCUUUCUCUCUCUCACACUCGUUGCUUUUCAUCUUCCUCUCUCUCUCUCUCUCUCUCUCUCACGUUCGUUCCUUUUUCUUCCUUUCUCUUACAAUCCCUGCUUUUAUUAUUCCCCUCACUCUCUAUCUCUCUCACGCAUUCAUUGCUCCUCUCUCUCUCUCUCUCUCUCUUUCUCUCCCUCUCUCUCUCCCGACCCUUGCUUUACUUCUUCCACUCCCUCAUGUUCGCUCUUUUUCUUCUUCCUCACUCUCACAUUCGUCCUUUUCUUCCGCUUCUCUCUUUCAUUCGUUGUUUUUCUUCUUCCUUUCUCUCUCUCACACUCGUUGCUUUUCAUCUUCCUCUCUCUCUCACGUUCGUUCCUUUUUCUUCCUUUCUCUUACAAUCCCUGCUUUUAUUAUUCCCCUCACUCUCUAUCUCUCUCUCACGCAUUCAUUGCUCCUCUCUCUCUCUCUCUUUCUCUCCCGACCUUUGCUUUACUUCUUCCACUCCUUCGUGUUCGUUCCUCAUCUUCUUCCUCUUCUUCCGACUUUCGUUUCUUUUCUUCUCCAUAUAUUUAACCAAUUGUAUAUGUUUCUCCUCCUUUUUCCUCCCUACUCAAUAUAUUUGCUUUCACGUCUCUUUCUUGCUUCUCACUUUUUUUUCUUCUUUUCUUCAUCCUGCUACUAACUCUCAUUUUCUUUCUAAUUUCAUUUAUUUAUCCUUCCCCGGUUUAUUUCCUUUAUCCUUCGUAUAUUCUAUCUAUUUCUCUUUCCAUAAAUUUCCUUCUUUAAUUCAUUCUCUUUCCCCUCCCUCUUUUCUUUCUUUCUGUUAUUUUCUUCAUCAUAUCUUACUGUUCAUUUCCUUCUCUAUAUUACUCUUUACUUUUCUUUUUUUCAUUCAAACUAAAUCAUCUCCCCUUCAACAUUUUCUCUUGUUUUAUCUUUCUUUUCACUUCUUAAGUUUUUUUCCUCUUCCCUACAUUUUUUGUCUUCAUCACGGAAUUGUUUUUUUUUUUCUUUUUAUCCAACAACCCUUAUUUAUUUUCUUCUUUUUCUUUCUUCGUCUUUGCCAAAUUUAUUUUCCCUUUUUCUAUUACUCUUUCUUCUUUCCUCUUGACCGCUUUCUUUUUCUCCCUCCCUUGCUUUCCGAACAUUAA